AUGGCUUCAGGUGGCUUCCGAGACAUCUCAACCCUCUCCACGGGUCGACGGCCGAGGAGCCAGACGAUGAGCACUGAUGAAGAAGACCUACGAGAUGUUGAGGGGUCCGGUCUUCUCGACGAAGAAGGUGGUUACUUCGAUGAAGACGAUAACGACAACAACGAUAGCGAGAGCACCCGUAAAAAGACCGAAAAGGGUUACACAGGCGUGAACAGCCGCUCGCCCUCCCCCCCACCAAUCGAAGUGCAGCCCCUCACCGGCGUAAAGACAAUCAAGCUCCUCUCCAAGGCUACCCAGCCGCCGCGCAAGUCGAUCCUCAAGACCUUCAAGACCGACCGCGCAAAGCUGCUCUCGCGGCCGCGGGUGGUGCUUCGUAUGUUUUCGCUGGUGACGGCGGGCGCGGUGCUAGGGUCGGCGGGGCACAUAUUGUUCCACUAUAUCGAUACAAAGGAUAAAGAGAACAGUGAAGGGGAUCCGUUGUGGAAUCCGGAGCUGUCGUUGACGCCGACGAUAUUGCUGCUGAGCAUUACUUCGUACAUAUUUUUGCUUGAUUCGAUAUUCUCGGUAGUGAGCUUUUGGCCAAAUGGGAGGUAUUUGACGAAUAGGUUCCUUGCUUCUGCGGCGUUGCUGCAUUCGAUGAUUAGUUUCAUCUGUGGGAUGGUGGCCCUGACUCUGUCGGAGGAGAAGAAGAAUCCAAAGUCGAUGUUCUGGGUUUGUAACACUGGAUUUGAAGAGUCGAAGGAAGACAUGAAAAUCAUGGACUUUGCCGACCAUUGUAGUGAACAGAGAGGAGCUUGGGUAGCUGCCUGUAUGUGCACAAUUGCACACGGCCUAAUAAUCCCCACCAUACUCCUCGGCUUCUGGAACGGCCGAACAAAGCGGCAAAAGUUCCAAGACGCAGUAAUAGUACGGGAUCCCGGAUAUUCAAAGGGCAAUGUCUUUCAGCGACUAGGUAACUUUAAGGAUAGAUUCUCGUUUAAUAAGUGA